CAUGUGUAUUCUGGAUGUAUGUGUGUAGGUGUGUGUUUUUUUGUCUUGUUUUUUUCCUAUUAGUCAAAAUGGAAGCCCAGAAGCUUCAACAUCCGGCAGCACCUUGCACAGCUACAUCUCGUAGAGCUACAGUCAGCUGCUGAAAGAGAGCAUCCAUCCCUGCUCUCCUCCUUCCUUCCUCCCCCUCCCUUCACCCAUCCAUCCAUCCGUCCACCCCCUCUGCUCCUCACACACACACCCGAUUGCGCAUCGCCUCCUCCGGCAUAAUGACCAACGAUUCUCCGGAGGGGGAGAUCCGAGCUCUGGGCAGAGGAGGAGGAGGCAGUGGAAGAGGAGGAAUUACUCAAAGGAGCCGAGCGGACGACAAUGUCACCAUCCUGACGUCCUCCAUGGAUCUCCACAGAGCCGGCCGCAGCCGAGCCAGCAGCGGCACCGAUGCCGUCGCGGGCUUCGCGUCCUCCGUGGACCUGAGCACCUCCUCCAUGGAGCUUAGCAUCCAGACGCGCAUCUUCAAGAUCAUCGUCAUCGGCGACUCCAACGUGGGGAAGACGUGCCUCACCUUCCGCUUCACCGGGGGGAGCUUCCCCGACAAAACCGAGGCCACCAUCGGCGUGGAUUUCAGGGAGAAGGCGGUGGAGAUCGAAGGGGAGACCAUCAAGGUACAGGUAUGGGACACAGCAGGUCAGGAGCGUUUUCGUAAAUCCAUGGUGGAGCACUACUACCGCAAUGUCCACGCAGUGGUUUUUGUAUACGACGUUACCAAGAUGGCUUCCUUCCGCAACCUACAGACAUGGAUAGAGGAGUGUAAUGGCCAUCGGGUCUCAGCAUCAGUACCACGAGUCCUGGUUGGAAACAAGUGUGACCUUGUGGACCAAAUACAGGUGCCCUCAAAUACGGCACUGAAGUUUGCUGACGCUCACAACAUGCUGCUGUUCGAGACGUCGGCCAAGGACCCAAGGGAGAGUCAGAACGUCGACUCUAUCUUCAUGUCUCUGGCCUGCCGUCUCAAGGCCCAGAAAUCCCUGCUCUACAGAGACGUGGAGAGAGAGGAUGGGAGAGUGCGACUCACACAAGAGACUGAGACGAAGAGUAAUUGUCCUUGUUGAGGAAAUGGGGGAGUGGAAGGUGAUUAUUGCAUAAUCAAUAGGAAGAGAGAAGAGAAAAAAGAAGAAACAUAGAAGAGAAGGGCGGGUAUUAUGGCAGAGUGAGGCUAAAACAAGAGACUUUUAAAUGAAGUGCAACUUUUCUAGUGUAGGGUUAAGAUGGGGGGUUUGUGACAAUAAGACCAAUGUGUUUUAAGGAACCGGAGUGUGGACUGAAACAUCAUCAUCCAGAGACGAUGCUGAGGAUAGAAAGAGAAGAAGGAAAAGGGGUUGGGAAGUGACAUAUUUAUUAACAAUUCAGAACAACGUUGCCUUUUAGACUCUGGUAUUAUAUAGAAAUUCUUCCAUUUUUUCAAACAUAGACACAAGCAGUGCGCAGGAAAACAUCACACAUUAGUUAAUUUGGGGGAUCCACAAUAAACUGAAACCUGCCCUGGCUCCGUUUGUCACAGCCUCCAACAUACUGAGGCACCACAUUAGACCUUGUAUAUCACCGUCAAAUUUUUUUUUUUUGUCUCUGCAUUUUACUGUACCUGAUAUCUACCCGUCACAACUUGACUUCAAAUCACUGUGAAAAAAUAUGAAUAUGUGGGAAUGGUGAAAACACAUGUUAGUGUAUCUCGGAGAGCUCAGAGAAGCUACAGUAAGACCUUGAGAAGGGUUCCUGAAAACGUCCCACUUAGAGGUUGUCAGGCUGUAUGGCAAAUAUUGAUUUAGAGGCUUUAAGAUCCUCUUACCCUUAAGCAGGAGAAAUGCUCUCUCACAGAGAAGCGCGUCAUGUCAAGGCUCCUCUUUCUCAUCGAAUUUUGAUGUAAACAUACCCUCUCCAUGUUUUCGCUGUGGUGGAGUGGCUAAAUCCAGCUUUCUUCUGUGUGCAAAUGCAGAAAACAACCCGUCUUCACCAUGUGUAACUAAGAAAGCCAAGAGGUCCACCUAUCUCCCAGUCUCCUUAUCCACACCAUAUUUCCUAUUCUUUAAUAAACGUCUUUUGCCUAAGAUGAUGUUCUUUCUACAUCAGUACCACUGCCUCCAGUUUUAAAAAGGAUAGGAAAAAUGACAGCAGACUGUGACCCCUGUAUAGAUCUCCUACACAGCCUGAGCCAGGAGUGUUUGGUGUCUGUAUUGAGUCCAGAGCCGUUUUUACACAUGAACUCCAUAAAAAUGUCCGGACAUCACACAUAUGCAGAAUGCAGCAGAACUUUCAGGCGAGGCGUCUGUGUUGAGCCUCCAGGGUGAACGCAUGUAUAAAUGCUGCUGAGGAAAUCAGAGUCAGCCCUUAUCACCAAAAGCUUUCGAUCCUCACUUUCCAUGUUGACGUCUUCUACGUGUAUCGCUCUUCUUUUUUGUCUUGAGAUAGUUAUAUUCUGGGUUCUGAUUUUCACUUUUGCGCCCGUCGCGUGUUAGAAACAUUAUCAACACACCCCCUUGCUCGUUGUGAAUUUUUCCGGAUAUCCUCUUGUUGUAUUCUCAGAUGGGUGUUACUCAAAUAUUUUACUAAAAAAGUUUGAGGGCAUCUGACUCCCACAUUUGUGUUCUCAUAGACAGCCUGUCUGGAAAUCUUCAGAAAAAUGUCUGGAGUUCAAUGCAUGUCUGAAAAAUCUCAGGAUUGUUCGAGCUAUGGAUGAUUCAGGCUGCAUGAACCACUGUAGAAAGCCAUAUUCAUUAUUCACUAUACACAGAGACAGAAUAUGCUUCACAUGAGGUCGCUCCCAGCUGGGUUGUGGGUUAAAGAACACACUGUACACAAAUUAAGUGUUGGAGCUAUGAGGCCUUUGUGCUAUGAGGCAUCAAAGCACAGUCCUGGCUGUGUGUCAGUGUGAUACAGCAUCUCACUUAUCAUAUCUCACCAUAAUUUAAUACUGUAGCCUACUUUUGAGCUUUGCCAACAAUAAAUGUGGGUGCCAUAUGUAGUUAAUCCAGAUCAGUGAGCAUUUAAGUUGAGUCUUCGCUCCAAGCUGACAGUCUGAUGACAUAAUUAUUAUUAUUAUUCACAUUAAGAAAUUCAAGCACUGUGUAAAUCAAGUGGAAUCCAGAGCACUAACAUCAGAGGUGUCUGGUUUUGUUCAUCUUUAUUCAAUUUUAACUGUUUUUGUUUUGUUAUUCUGAAAACGUUAAAACAGUUACGAGUGGAUCACAUGACAUUACUGUCAAAUACCAGGGAGAUCUGAAUUUAUUCUCAUUCUACAGGCAAAACUUUACUUUCACACAUGCAACCGAGAGCCGUGGUUUCAACAUAGGUUGGGUUAAAUAACUCACAGACAAACUAGGACAACAAUCAUUCAUCCGUCUUAUAAACCACUUAUUCUGUUCAGGUUUGUAUGUGGCUGGAUCAUAUCAUAAUACAUGAGAUCAGGGGUACAGCCGAGAGUAGAUAAACAUGGCUCUUAUUUGUUAUCUGGCUAAUUCAGUCGCAGGACGAUUCUAUCACUGUAAUGAGAAGAAAAACGUGCCUGUAUCUCCUCAACAUGUCGGAAUGAAACAUUUGACUUGGUUUCAAAUGAAAAAAAAAGACAAUUUAGUUGUUUUUUGUUUUACAGCUUUUCACUUGAACAUG